GUACGCGCCAGUGACUGGGCUAGGAUUGAAGAAGGCUGUGGUACAGGCAUAGAGAUAGUAUACAUAGAGUACAGAAGCCAACCGCAAACGCGAGCCUAUGGCAUCUGUACUCUAUCUAUAAUAUCUGUAUGGGUACAGGCAUAGUGUGGACGCAUGCGCUUCCUUCCUAGAUGGCGCCACGCGUACGUCAGCAUGUGUGUGUUGUGUGUGUGCGUUUGUGUGAUGAACGUAAAUCAUGGAUUCAUCGCGGUACAUGUCGGUGCGGGAAAGCACUCAGAGGCUCUCAAAGAGAAGUACCAGAAGCUGUGCCGCCAGGCAUGCAAAUCGGCCAUAAAAAGUUUGAAAGCUGGCAGAAGACCUGUGGAUGCGGUGUGUGAGGCUGUCACUGAGUUGGAAGAUUCCCCAUUAACCAAUGCUGGGUUUGGCUCAAACUUGACCCUUGAGGGCAAUGUGGAGUGUGAUGCCAGUGUUAUGGAUGGGAAUACUUUACAUUUUGGUGCUGUGGGGGCAGUGAAUGGUAUCAGAAAUCCUGUAUUAUUAGCGAAGAAGCUCUGUGAAUGUCAGGCUAUGAAAAUCGCCUUUGGAAGAAUACCACCGAGUUUUUUAGUUGGUGACGGAGCGAAGGUAUGGGCCAGGGAGAUGGGGGUUGAAACGUUGCCUCCAGAGCAAUUAAUCUCAGCGAAGGCAGAGAAGAUGUACAAGCACUAUAAGAGGAAAGUGGAGGACUCCGGUGAAGAGGUUCACAAGGUUUCCAAGCAACGGAUGGACACGGUGGGGGCUGUUUGUGUCGACGGCGAGGGAAACGUGGCCAGCGCCUGUUCCAGCGGCGGAAUAAUACUCAAAUAUCCAGGCAGGGUUGGGCAAGCAGGAAUGUGGGGAUGCGGUGCCUGGGCCUCUAAAGGCUCCGUUUCGGUGGCCACGAGCACCUCCGGCUGUGGGGAGCAUUUGAUUCGUACCACUCUGGCUAGGACGGUGGCUGAGAAAAUCGCGAACGACGCUUGCCCCAUCACUGGCCUUCAUCGAGCCAUGGAAAACGAGUUCCUAAACUCUAGGUUCUUGGAUGGAUUGGAACAAAAACUCGGAGGUGUAGUGGCCAUUAGGUAUUCGCCACAGGAAGGCUCCGGCGAUUUUCUUUGGAGUCACUCAACGAACUCGAUGAUCGUCGGGUACAUGAAUUCGAACGACCAGACGGCGACGAGUCACAUGGCAGUAUUGCCAUCUCAGGAGGUCGGCAGAAAAACGACUGUGGAGGGCAUCUGCUUCAAACUGAAUUGAGAUACAGACGAAUCAAUUGUAAUAAUUUUACAAUAAAUAUACACCCAAUUUCCUACCAAUUU